GUUGGACGCGACUUUGUUGACCGUGUGUGCGAGUUGACAAUGGGAGAUCGGCGCGACUAUGACCGAGGCAGGAGAUCUGUGCCCUAGCCAUUGGCGUGCUCCUGAGACGAAGGCCUCCACCUCAUAUGACGUGAACCGGGGUCGAUCGGCGUCCCCGAGGAAAGCUGCGGCUGCUGCUACUGUGGCACCGGAAGACUUGCGUCGUCAAAUUGAGGAACUAAACAAGAGCCUGGCGUCGGUGUCCGAGUUCGUUUUGGCAGAAAAGGCAAAGAAGGCCGAAGAGGAACAUUUACGCAUCGAAGCCGAGGAAGAAGCCGAGAGAAUGAAGGUGGAGCAGAAGGCUCGUGAGAAGAAGGAACAGAAGCGCAUCAAGAAGCAGAUGAGGGAAGCACAACGUGCUACAAAGAUCGAUAAGAAGGUGGAGUUCCAAUUGGCAAUCAAAACUGGCGACUUCUUCAAUCGUAUGGAGGCUAGUUUGGGCCCAGUGUUGGAAUUCGCUUGGAAAGUCAAACCAGUAAAACAGAAGGUGCAUAUACCCUCCGAUCCUGGCAAUGAGAGUUAUGAAAGCGGCACGGAGGACAUUCGAGCAAAAACCAAGAAGUUGACGAUUCAUGAGAAAAGGAAGAGGGGGCCUGAUGUGGUGUUCGAAGACAUUCCACCGAUUGCUAGAAUCCUAAAAGCUAUCCUUGUCGGUAUUUUGAGGAAUCUGAGAAAGAUUUCGGAAGUCUAUAGAUGGGGAUUGAAAUCGCUCAUAAAGCUGUAUAAUGUGAUAAAGGAUUUCAGUAAGAAAUCUACUCGGAAGUACCUUAGGCGGUUGAUAUCUCGAGUGGUCCAUGAUUCGUUUGGUUUCAGUCUGUCUGCCGAUCUCGUUAUUCGCGUGAAGUUUGAUGACCGCAUUAGAUUAGUAGAGCUAAGGAAAUUAAUGAACGAUGGUAUUAUGGCGUGCAAGUUACUUGUCUGCAUUCAGAAUCGGGCAAUGAAGAAGGUACAGAUCGUCUGGGUGAAGAACCCUUCGAUCGGUCAUACCCUUCAUAAUCAACAGGCUUUUGCGUCCCGCGAUACUGCCACCUGCGUCUGUGCAGGGUCUCCCCAUCCGAAAGAGGAUGGGCACGUCUGCUUUCGUUUGUGCGACGGCGAUACUCGAUACCAAAGAUUGUCGAACGCUAAUGACAUUUCACAUCCUGACAUCUUGAACCGGAUGUCUCUGCUGCGACAGAAAGUGGUAUCUGGGUUCUCGAACUGGUACAAUCUGAAGGGGUUUGUACCUGACUUCAGCCGUUUCGAUUUUCAAGUUUGCUUUGGUGAGAAGGACGACUCGUGUGAUAGGAUCUCGGUGGAGGAAGUCAACACCGUGAAGAGAGAGUGCGAUGGGUUGGUUCUCACCCCUUUGGAUCGUAACGCUGGGGAGACACUUGUUAUGUGUCCUUUCGUGUAUUAUAGGGCGAUGAUGGAUUCUUUCGUUACGAAUGUUGGUUACAGGACUGUCAAAGACCAGGAGAGGGAAGUUUUGGCGAUGGUCAAAAUGGAAGUUCGUGAGGAGGGUUUGGCGAAGUUUGCCCGUUGGGACGAUAAGGGGAGCUAUGGAGUCUCCUAUGUACUCGCGAAACAUAAAGACACAAGUCGGUUUCGACCCAUAUGCCCCACCUUCAAGGAGCUUAUGGUGAAGACUCGACGAGUGGAGGCGAAGGCUUUGAAUCACUUAUUGUUCCAACUACCUGUUGACAGUCAUUUCAAUCUUCAGGCCGUCUCGAGUCUCGCGGCCAGAUUGCAACGCAUCAACAGGAGGAUCGAGAGAGGGAAUAGGGAGGGAGUGGAGUCGGCUUCGUAUGACAUCAAGGAGAUGUUCAACCGACUCCCUCACGAAGACACUCUUGAAGCAGUUGAGUGGAUUGUCGAUCACUAUCGACGGAAAGGCAAGCUAUCGGUGCGAGUUAACACUAGGGGCAGAGGCGCUUCCUUUGGGAAGACAACAAGUGCCGACCAUUGGAGACAGUUGGAUCUCUUUGACAUCCUUAAGUUUGUAAGAUUAGAAUUGAAGCAUACCUACACGUAUGCUACCGGGGUCCUCUUGAGACAAGUGAUUGGCAUUCCGAUGGGCAAGAGUACAAGCCCACCUUUGGCUUGUAUUCUGUGCGCCUAUGCGGAGUGCAAAUUUCUGAAUAACCUUGGCGUAUUCCGCAAGAGGGUCUUUGGAAUUCGACUCGUCGACGAUGUCACACUUGUCACUAUUGGGCUGUCUGCACAGCAACGAGGAGCGAUCUUGGACACCUUCGAGAGCUGCUAUCCGCAGAAUCUGGUACUGAAGAGGACUGACACAGGCUCGGGCACUCCGCCUUUUCUCGGGUGUGAAAUCAGGACACAAAAUGUGCCACCUCACCUGGGCUGUGUGCAGUUAAUCAAGAAUGAGCAAACAAUCUGGGACUUGGAGAAGCUCACUUUCAAAAAUGGGCAGUCUUACACCUCAUGGGGAAGCAAGCAACAGAAGGUCGCGAUCAUCGGUAGUUAUCUGCAUCGGAUUGAUCAGAAUACCACGAUCCGCUCGGAAAUCCCUAUGAGAGUUCUGACCGUGAAGAGGGAACUGAGGAUUAAAGGAUUCCCAAAGGAGACUUUCGAACGUGUCUUAAAAGCGUUCACUGUGGGAAGGGAUGCGAUCUGGAAGUGGACUGUCAAACUCCUAUUCUCUUAGAAAUGGGUUUUGAACUUCAAUGUGCUACGUGGAACCUGAGACUGCAUGGAUUCGUAGGUUUUUUCAUACAGGAUGUGUUUGUGAAGUUUGUUUGGUGUGAUGGAAGAAUGCGUACCGUAUCUCGCUUUAAGUAUAGGAUAGGACUAUUUUUCUCUGUGCUGUUGUUUGCAUUUUCUUACCGUAUUUCUCUCUAAUAGGUUUAGAUUGAUAUGCAUGGGGAGUGUUCUUAUCUAAUAGAUAUUACAUGACCGGUGUGGUGUGUACACGGAUUUUAAUUGUGAGAUUUUGAGACCAUAUGACUCGUAGUAUUCGGACAGGGAUGUUUUGAACUUGGUCUUGGGGUAUAUUGUUCGAAAGGUUUUUGGGUUGUCUGAUUUGGCGCGGGAUAGGCUGGGAUUGGUUUGGGCUGUCCUGUUUGGAUAGGGUGGGUCCUGGGUCUUGCUUGGGCUUACGGCGUUAUCAGGACGGUGUUAUAAUCGGUUUUUCCUAUUUAUCCGCGGCCAGGCCUUUUGUGGUCCGUAGGUCAGUACUGCCCGGUGCUGUGUCCGAGCAGAGAAGUUUGUGUGUUCGGUGUUGUGCUGUGCGAUAAAUAGGAUGACCGAUA